UUUUGUGCCAUAUUAAUAUUUUCUUAUUAGACAAAAGCUAAAAUCUCCUUUUGUCUUGUCUCUCCCUUCUAUGGCAACAAGAGUUCUCUCAUCGCCGAACUUCCUCAAGAACCUCCGCUCCUUCAUCAGGCCUUUCAACUCCGCCUCCUCCUCCGCCGUUUCUCCCCUCAAUUUCGACGAAAAACCUGAACUUUCCGCCGUCGAGAAAUUCCACCCAACAACAACAACAACAACAACCCCACUUGACUUUGAUGAUCACCAAAAGCUUUUCACUUCAGUUUCGUCAUUGAAGCUUUUACGUUCGUCGGUCAACCUCGGGUUGGCUUCCAACGAGACGUUUGUCGAUUUCGGGAUGUGGGUUAUGAAUUCCCGCCUCAUCGAAACGCCUUUGGUACGCGAUGUCAUAUUGAAAACUGUAAAACAUACGUUCUUCGAACAUUUCUGCGCCGGUGAAACCCCGGCGGAGGCCUCCGAGUGUUUGAGGAAAAUCCAGGAGGCCGGUUUGCGAGGUAUGCUCGUUUAUGCCGUGGAACACACCAGCGGCAACGCCGGUUGUGAUCAGAAUUUGGAGGGUUUUUUGCAGAGUGUUGAAUUCGCAAAGUCGCUUCCACCUUCAUCUGUAAGCUCGGUGGUGGCAAAGAUAACUGCAAUAUGCCCCCUUGGGCUGCUAAGGAGAAUUAGUGACCUAUUGAGGUGGCAAUACAAAGACCCUUCAUUUACCCUCCCAUGGAAACUCAACACUUUGCCAAUUUUCACAGACUCGAGUGCUUUAUAUCACACACUCCAAAAACCCCACCCAUUAACCCCUCAAGAAGAAUCGGAUCUUGAAUUGGCUCACCAAAGACUCCUAAAACUCUGCCAAAAAUGUGCACAAUACAGUGUCCCUUUAAUCAUCGAUGCCGAGGACACAUCCAUCCAACCCGCCAUCGAUUACUUCACCUACUCAUCGGCAAUCGUCUACAACAAACACGACCCUAUUGUUUAUGGCACCAUCCAAGCUUACUUGAAAGACGCGAGAGAGCGGCUGUUUAACGCCGCCAAAACGGCUGAGAGUCUCGGGAUUCCGAUGGGGUUUAAGUUGGUGAGAGGCGCUUAUAUGUCGAGCGAAACCAAGUUGGCUUCUUCGUUUGGGUUCGAUUCCCCGGUCCACAACGGCAUCCAACAAACCCAUGCUUGCUUCAAUGACUGUGCUUCGUUUAUGCUCGAGAAAAUUGCGGAUGGAUAUGGCGGACUCGUUCUCGCAACUCAUAAUCUUGAGUCAGGGCAAUUGGCAGCAUCAAAAGCACGAGACCUUGGGAUUGAAAAGGGGAAUCGAAAGCUUGAAUUUGCACAGUUAUAUGGAAUGUCGGAAGCGUUGUCGUUUGGUUUGAGAAACGCAGGGUUUCAAGUAAGCAAAUAUUUACCAUAUGGACCAGUUGAUAUGGUAUUGCCAUACCUUUUAAGGAGAGCCGAAGAGAAUAGAGGACUAUUAACCACUUCAAGCCUCGAUAGAUUACUCAUGGGGAAGGAGUUGAAGAGAAGAUUAAAGAGCCUGCAAUUUGUCAAGUCAGGGAUGAUGGCUUCUGCAGGUAGCAUGAAGAUAGAAAUAGGGACCCCGUGAUAAUGGUUAUGUUUGGGGAUGGGUGAUUUGAGAUUGCACAAUUCUUGCCAAUAAAUGUAGAAA